AUGGAUCUGAUCAUGCAAUGCUGUGAGGCAAUGCCUUGGCUGAGACGUGCUUUACAGAGUAAUGCUUUUGAUGCUGUGGUUGAUCCAAGGCUCCAGAAUCUAUAUGAACCCUCUGAGAUGGCUCGCAUGGUGGCAUGUGCAGCCGCUUCCUUACGUUAUUCAGCUGAUCGUCGACCAUCCAUGACUCGGGUGAAUUUCACAUAUGACUUGUCUUCAAUGCAUUGUAAGGUGCAGAUAGUUUGUGCACUGAAGGGAGAUGCGUCUCAAGUUGCUGAGUGCACUUCUAAUGUAAGCUCAGACUGUGAGGCUGCACAGUACAAGCAAGACAUGAUCAAAAUGUUCACAAGAACGAUUAGUGAGGUUAAUGAACCCACAAGUAAGUUGGCGUGA